AUGGAUCCCAUUCAGGAUGUAGAUGGAAUUAUUGCAAUUGUGUGUGUAAUCAUGAUUAUGUCGGCAAUUAACCUGCAACAUAGAGAUCGUUUACGAGGUAGACAAUGGGUUCGCCCUUGGAUUGCACGUAGAGGACAAUACGGAGCUUACCAUGCACUAAUGCAGGAACUGAGGCAGGAAGACCCAAGGUCGUACAAGAAUUUUGUGAGAAUGGAUAAAGAUACUUUUACUGAGCUGUUAGAAUUGGUGACACCAUUGAUCAAGAAGAAAGAUACCUUUAUGAGGAAUUCUAUUUCUGCAGCUGAGCGACUAGCUUUGACUCUACGCUAUCUUGCAACAGGUGACAGUUAUGCAACACUACAAUACUUGUACAGAGUUCCAGCGACAACUGUUUCUGAAAUAAGUCCUGAAACUUGCCAAGCAAUAUACAAUGUUCCUAGAAGUACCUAUAUCAAGGUAACGAAUUUCAGUUGUUCAUUUAAAUGUUAUUCUUUGAGAGCUAUUUACGUAUUACAUAAUAUAUGA